GGAGGCGGAGCGGAAGCGGAGUGCGAGGGACGAGAGGAGUAAGAUCUCCACAGGCUGGAAACCAACCGCGUCCCGACUCCCACCUCCUCCUUCUCCAUCCGCACCUGGAGGCUGCUGCACGAGUGCCGGACUCAGCUGACGCCCGCUAAUCGGCUUUCGCUGCGCCUCCUGGCCUCAGAAGCCCAGUGGCUGCGGCGACCGUGACGGGAAGCCCACAGGCAAGCUCAGUUCUGUUCUACUUGGAGAGAGAGUGAAAGUCAAAUGCCCUUUUUAUACUCCUUCUUCAAAACUCAUCUCUUCGGUGACUGAGUUAAUAGAAUGGAUACAACCUUGGUGAAGAUGAAGAGUAUACAAUAUUAGAGGAAAUAUUUUUCUUUUUUCUUUUCAAAAGUCUUGUUUGGUGGCUUGUCUCCAGUUAUCAUUUUUCAGCCAAGUCUGUUUGCUCCAUCAGAAAUGUUUCUUACAAUUUCAAGAAAAAAUAUGUCUCAGAAAUUGAGUUUACUGUUGCUUGUAUUUGGACUCAUUUGGGGAUUGAUGUUACUGCACUAUACUUUUCAACAACCAAGACAUCAAAGCAGUGUCAAGUUACGUGAACAAAUCCUAGAUUUAAGCAAAAGAUAUGUUAAAGCUCUAGCAGAGGAAAACAAGAACACAGUGGAUGUGGAGAAUGGUGCUUCUAUGGCAGGAUAUGCGGACCUGAAAAGAACGAUUGCUGUCCUUCUGGAUGAUAUUUUGCAGCGCUUGGUGAAGUUGGAAAACAAAGUCGACUAUAUUGUUGUGAAUGGCUCAGCAACCAACAGUACCAAUGGGACUAGUGGGAAUUUGGUGCCAGUAACUGCAAAUAAAAGAAUAAAUGCGUCAGGCAGCAUCAGAUAGCAGUUGGAAGAUCACCUGUGCUGCUCCAUCCGCUGUGGAUUGUAUCCUAUGGCAGAAAAGCUUUUUAAUCGAUGGCUAGGACAGCUUUACAAUACAAGCUGUACAUGCUUUCAAGGAAUAUGCUGGAUUUGUGGAACUCUAAUUCUGUAUAUAAAAUUUUAAAAGUAAUUAGUUUGCUUUCAGGCGAGUCUCUUCAAAACUGUACUGUACCUUAAAGGGAAUUUGGUAACAUGGUUGACAUAGUGAGCAGAUCGAUGAUUUUGUUUAAAUCUAUUGUGUUUUGAGAUAAAGCUGAAACAAAAACACUAAGAGACAUGGAUUCAUUUCAGUAAAAUAUUUAUUUAAGUAUGUAACGCGUUUUUCAGAUAAGUGAAGAAUAUUGUUUGAUCAUCUCUGUUAUUUGUUCUCAGUAGAUAUAAUUGUUAGAUAAAGCCUAUUAGAAAAUGUGCUUACUUCUAGUACUAUGUUUUGUUAGUUUAUGAGCAGAGGAAUGAAAUAUAAUGUUGAAAAUAAUGAAUUGAAACCGUGACCCAAAGAAUGUGUUCAUUUGCACUAUCCUUCACAAUAACUGAAGGUUUAAUUAUUGUAUAUUAAAAAAAAUUGCAUUUGUAAUCAUAUAAUCUUUCUGAAGUGGGUAGCAGCCACUGUGUGUAACCUAUUCCAAAUACUGGGGCAGUUUAUUAACAUUAAAAUAGUAGUAAACAAUAAUCUUAUACUUAAAAUUUUCUUAUAUUCUGAAGAGUAAAAGAUAUUUUUAUGAUGAGAUUAAAAAUAAAGUAUUCAUGAUUUUUCA